AUGAAGUCUGAAGGGACUAUUAAUUGCGGCAGAUCUAUUCAGGAGGAUAAAAUCAAGUGGAAUUCAACUAAUAUUAGUAAUAAAUUGUCAUUUCUUGGUGUGGAGGUUGAAUCAGGUUUAAUUUUAAAUAUUUAUUCCCCAUUCUACGAUGUAAUACGAACUAACUUCAAUUACGAUGCUAUACAGGGCACUUCUUAUUAUGAACAUUAUGAAGAGAUGUCAAAUAUAAUAUUAAAUCAAAUUAAUGCCGUUCUUUUUGAGAUUGAAGAUGCGGUAAAUUUACAAGGAACGUUCCAAUUAAGGGAUGGGACUAGCAUAAGCAUAAGAUUAAAAUAUCAAUUUGCUAAGGAUAAAGAGCUUGAAAGAAUAUUGAGUUCAUUAUCACGCUGGCAGAUGAAAAAUAUGAUUCUGUUAGUAUCUAUGAAUGAGGAUUUGAUGAAAAUGAUGAUACAAAAAGAUAUGGCAAUAGAAUUUUUGGGGUAUACUGCCAAGGAAUAUGGCGGCCACAAGUUGAUCCGGAGAUGGGCUCCGGAAGGCUCCAAAAAUUAUGAUACCUUGACUAAAUUAAAGCCUGAUCGGUGGAAGAGACAGUGGGCAGAAGGGUGCAAGUUGACCUUUGAAGGUCAAGUGUCUGGGCUGCUAGCGCAAAAUGUAAAUAUCCUCAAUACAAUUAAAGAGGAUGCGUCUGAUACUAAUGCAGAGUUCGAAGAUACUAGUAUGGCGGAAGAUUACCGAAGCGAAUUUAUGGAACAAAAUAUGGAUAGUGAUAGCUUCUUGGAGAAAUUAUCAGAAGAGAACCUUAGUGACACCAGCACUUAG